AAAGUCGCGUACUAAUUGUACGAAAACUAAUUAGUAACUGUUUACUGCUCACGCCCUAUUGACAGUGCUCAUACAAAAAUGACCGGAGAAGUGGCAGAGCACACGACGAAAACGUUCAAGUUUUCGUACCCGACCUGCACGAACGAGGAUGUGUUCUUCCACCUGGAGGUGCCGGUGCGGAUCCCAGGCGCGCGCGGCGGCGGCCGCGAGCUCGUGCAGCGCGCCAUGGCCAUGUUCCACGUACCGGUUUAUCUGGAGGACGAGCUAAAUGAGAAGCUAGCCCAGUUCAUAGCGGAGGAAAGCAAGAAGUUCCAUGACGAGCGUGACGCACGGCUGCUAGCUGCCCUGCGGGGGGGCGAGGGAGGGGGAAGUUUGGAGGGGGGCGCAGAGGGGGCCGUCAAGCGGUGGGAGAAGAGGUUCAAGGAACAUGUGCGGGAGUACGCAGAGCAGAAGGACACCUCUGAUGAAGAGGUAUUUGCGGCCAUGUACCACAAGCUGGUGCACUCGCCCGCCCUGGAGACGGUGCUGCGCGCCGAGGCGGGCUACGCGGCCGAGGUGCGCGCCGCCGCCGCCGCGCGCGACGCCGACGUCAAGCAACUGACACAGAGACAAACAGAAGAGAUGGAAGAAGCGCUCCGCAACCUGAACGUGAGCACGACCGAGGAGCAGAUCAACGCGCUCGCGGUGCGGCAGUUCGAGGAGCAGGCGCUGGCGGCCGCGCGCUGGGGCUCGCAGCUGGACGCGCUCGCGCACGCGCAGCGCGCGCAGCACCGCGACCAGCUCGCGCGGGCGCUAGAGCAGCAGGCGCCGCCGCCGUCGUCCCCCCUGUCCCCGCUGCCGGACUCCUCCCUCCCCUCCCACGGGGGAGGGGCGGGCAAGGCGGCCGCGGACAUGGAGGAGAGCUUCACCAUCCACCUCGGCUCGCAGCUCAAGCAGACGCACAACAUACGCAUCGUGGCUAUGGACGUCGAGGACUUGUUCGACACCUCCGGAGACAGUUCUUGGGACGGGCCGCGCCUGCAGACCGCGCUGGCGCUGUACUCGGGCGAGCUGGCGGGCGCCGUGCUGCCGUGCCGGGCGCGAGCGCCGCCGCCGGCGCUCCUGGACGCGGCGAGGGCCGCCCCCGACCACCACUUCCCGCCGCUCGAUGAACAGCUGAGGACCGUUGCCGAACGAUCAGCGGAGCCCAUCGAGAAGCGCAACGCGACGCGGCACGAGCGCAGCGUGGCCGCCGCCGCGGCCGCCACCGGAGCCCCCGCGGCCGCCGGCGGAGCCCCGAGGCCGCGCCGCGGGCCCGCCACCGGCGACGUGUUCGUCACGCGCCACAGCAACCUGCCCAACGCGCACGUCGUGUUCCAUCUCGUCAUCAACGACGACGCGAGGGAGAGCGGGGAGAUGACGUCCCGCCACCCGGCGAUCCUGGGGCUCCGCUCGGUGCUGCAGGGCGCCAGCAACAACGACGUGACCAGCCUGGCGCUGCCCCUGCUGUUGCGGCACGAGCUCACGGAGGAGAUGACGGCGGCGUGGAUCGUACGGCGCGCGGAGCUGGUGCUGAAGUGCGUGAAGGGGUUCAUGCUGGAGGCGGCGGGGGGAGGCGGCGCGCAGCUCGCCACGCUCACGCUGUGUGUGCCGAGCACCCUCGCGCCGCCCGUGUUCGCGGCGCUAAGGGCGCUGCUGCCCGCCGUGUUCCGCAUCUCCACGCCGCUCAAGAUCAAGCCGCGCGACUAG